AUAACCCCUCAUUUCAAAGCUGAAAUUAGUUUCUCAAAGAAUGUCAGUUGGGAAAAUCUAGUAAGUUUAUUGUAGUAAUUUAUACUUGCUUCCCGAUGGAGUUCCCUCCCAUACAAUCCAAAAACACCCAAUCACAACCAAAAUUACCCACGUCGGUCGUUGCAAUUGACAGCCAUAGGGAUCCCACCGGACGACCUAAACCCACCGGCCUCAUGCCACAAAUUGACAGCCAAAUCGGCCAUAAACCACAAGCGUAGGCGGCAAUCCUAGAUGGGAACCCUAGCACCGUCGCCCAAAAUUUUUGCUGCGAUUGAAGGCGCACAUCAUAGGUCCUACACUGUUGCUACAGAAGCCGACAAAAAUGGUGGAAGAAAAGGAAUUUCUGAAGAGGUUGAAGAGGAAUGCUCAGGGAACUCGAUCCUGAUUACCCAUGACUGACAUUUUUUAGGUAGAAGCACCUGAUCGGCUGUUCGUACAAGUCACUCCACCAUCGGAGAGACAAUGGCGUGUAGGACACUCACUUAGACAGUAUGAUGGUGUUCAAUUCCUGUAUCAGAGUAGAGGUAAAGGAGUUCACAGUGUCUGUUAGUAACUCCGGUACUGUUAUGUUGACGGAAUGGGGCUCGAAGAUAUCGAACGCAAUUUGCAUAGGACGAUUUGGUGCACUUUGGAUGGUGAAUAUGGUGGAUAAAUUGAGAGUGGUUGGUAAUUAGGAAAAUUUUGUCACUAAGUUUAACGAGUCAUCAAGAGCUUAUUUAGCACAACGUUGUGCGAACAGUCGUGAUAGGUAUUUGACUAUAGCAUAGUAUGAAGAGAGACAUCGGAAAGGAGUUUGUGAUGGUGUAAAAAAGUACGAAUGGAGCGGAAUGGGCAUUAGUUUCAUGUGUUUCAAGCAGUUGUAAACUCAUUUGUUGCUGGAGAGAAAGCCAAACGUCGAAUGGUGGACGAAAGAAAUCGACAAGGGAUGACCUAUACUGAAGUUACGACAAACUUACAGGCUUCGCAAAAUGUCGAUCAAUGGGUGCUACUGCAAAAGGAUAGGGUGGUUAAUGUGAGCAACCCUCAACAAACGAUGCAUAAAUUUGUAGAAGCAAAUGCAAAAGGUACACAUGUUAGUUUUUUGAAUAUUGUUGAAGUAAGAGCCCAUGUCUAGGUGUUGAAAGUGGAAUUGGAUAAGUUAAUUAGGCUAGUGGAAAGUGGGUUCGAAGUAGGCUCCAAACUGAUUUGUUGUCAUAAAUGUGGAGUGGGCAUGGAGGAGUCUCCAGUCAACGGACAACAAUUACCUAGUUUGGUUCCUAAGGAGUUAUCAUCAAAAUUGGCCCAAACUGAAGAAAAGCAGGUGAUAAUUGAGCCCAUUUGUGAGUAUCAAGCAUGAAUUGAAGCGAUGUAUUCCGUAAAUGAUGAUAGGGUCGAUGUAGUGGGAUUGGAUAAAGAUGAUAAGAUUCGAGGAUUGAAGCAGAUCAGGAGGUGGAACUUUGGUCUAAGUAAUGGGAGCCGAGUAUGGCUAAUCCGGAGUCGACGACAUUGGAUGCGAUGGACAUGUUUCUUUCAAUAGAGGGAUUAGUGUUGAAUGAGCAACAAAUGGGACAUGUACUGCAAAGGAGUUAGUUUGGACAAUUGUGAAGGAGAACGAGGCAACAUGUUCAACAAUUAUGGUGGUGAACACUUACAAUAUGAGGCAUUUUAAGUCUUUACAAGAAUGGACUUAGAGACUGAAAAAGCUCUGGUGGUAUGGGUUGAUGGCGCAGAGAAGUAAAAAUAGUCAAUGGUUAGCACUAGUGGAAAAAGUGGAGGGACAUAUCUUUGAUCCUUUGAAUGCAAUUGCAGUUAGGCCUCUACCUUCAAAUUGGGUUUUAAAAAAAACUUAAGAUUUCAGCAAGAUGGUUGGUGUGACAUGUGAUGAUAUGAAAGUAGAUUAUUGCAACUAUUUGAGGAACUAGAGACUAGAAGGGAACAAGGGAUGAGUACACAAGGAGGUAAAUCAAGAAGAAAGGGAAAUCGUGAACUUAGAGGGCUCGAAUGGUCAGUAAAUAAUGACAUUAAGGGUGAAGAGUCAAAGAAAGGAUUGUUGAAGAGGGAUGAUAGUCUGCAAAAUUAAUCCUAAAAAUCAUAUGCUAGAAUGUGAGGGGGCUUAAUAAUGUGGGGAAAAUGUUAGAUGUUUGAAAUCCGAUAAGGGGAUGGAGGACGGUCCUUGUCUCUUUACAAGAAACUAAGAUGGAGUUUAUCUUGAGGGCUGUGUUAGCAGCUUAUGGGGGGAUAGCAUGUAAGGUAUAAAUUUUUAGGGCCUUCACGAGCUUCAAGAGGUGUGCUAGUCAUGUAGGAUAAGUUCUCUAUACAGAGGAAGUCAAUGUAGGCUAAGUUCUCUAUAUGGAGUCAGUCAGUUUAUGGUUAUUCUCUAUAUCGCUUUCAUUUAGAAAUAUUGAGGAUAGAUUCCAGUGAAUGUUUAUAGGAGUUUAUGAUCCCAUUGCUAAUGAAAGUGGAGGGGGCUUGUGGGAUAAGUUGGCUGGUAUGAUGGCUUAGUGGAAUCUCCCAACAUAUAUUGGGGGUGAUUUUAAUGUGGUUUAAUUUCCUAUUGAGAGGUCUAGUGGUGGGAGACUAACUUGCUCAGACUUUAUUAGCGGGAAUGUGGAUUUGUCCAUGAUUAUGAAAAUAUUACUUGGUUAUCUAAUCAGAAUCAACGUGUUCAAUCUCGAAUAGACCGAUUCUUAGUCAGUGGAGAAUGGGAGGCUAAGUACUCAGGUGUUGCUCAAGAGGGGAUUAGGGAAUGUGUACUCUAAUCAUUUUCCUAUUUCGUUAUCUAGGAAUAUGAGGGUUAGUGGAAGAAAGCCUUUUAGGUUUGAGAAGAUGUCGUUAAAAGUCGAAGGUUUUGAGGAGCGUGUAUGGACUUGGUUGGCCACUUAUGAUUUCCAGGGGUCUCCCAGUUAUGUGUUGGAUCAAAAGUUGAAGGCUUUAAAAUGGGAUUUAAAGAGAUUGAAUGAGCAGGUGGUAGGCAAUCCAAACUGGCGUAAAAACAGGUGUUUUCUAGGCAUGAAAGAGUUAGAUAGGCGAGAGGAGAGUCGAUGGUUAGUUGGGGAGGAGAGGCAGAGAUAUAGCGUUAAGGGAAGAGUUGGAGAGAUUAGUGUAGAUGGAGGAGAUUGCUUUGUGCCAGAAUUGAAAGAGAGGGACAAAUGCAUCAAGUCUUUCCAUAGGGUCGCAAAUUUUAAUAGGCGCAACAAUUUUAUCACAUUGUUGGAGAUAGAUGAGGUUACUUAUGAGGAUCCACAUGAUAUUGGGACCUAAAAUUGUGAGAUUUUAUCAAAAUCUUUAUCGGGAAUAGUUUAAGUAGAGCUCAGAGUUGGAGUGACUUAAUUUUUCUACUAUCACGGAGGAGAAUGCCAAUUGGUUACAGAUACCAUUUAGGGAAUAUGAAAUUAGGGAGGUGGUAUUCAAUAUGAAUGAUGAUAAGGCCCCAUGAACAAACAAUUUCUUUUUUGCAUUUUAUAAGGCUUGUUGGGAGGUGUUGCGAUCGGAUAUUAUGGAUGUUCUUACAUGUUUUUUUUUAGUGUGGUAUGUUCCUAAGAAAUUCUAAUACUACAUUUAUUCUGCUGAUUCCCAAGAAAUUGGGAGUGGUUGACAUUAAGAAUUUUUGCCUUAUUAGCUUAGUCAGUAGGGUAUACAAGAUUAUUGCGAAGGUUUUGGCGAAUAGAUUAAAAGAGGUGUUGGGGAAAGUAGUGUCUAAGUUUUAGAAUGCUUUUGUGAAAGGGCGCAGAUCGUGGAUUAUAUGUUUAUAGCGAAUGAAUGCAUUGACUCAAGAUUGCAACUGGGAGUCUAGGGAUGUUAUCUAAGCUCGAUAUUCAGAAAGCUUGUUUUCAGUUUUAGUCAACAGCUACCUGGAGGGUUAUAUUUGGAGUUGUAGAAGUUUGAAGCAAUGAGACCUUUGUCUCCAUUACUCUUUGUUAUUGUAAUGGAAGCAUUUAGUAGGAUGUUUGAGAAAGUUGUGGGGAGGGUUUGAGAAGGAGCUUUACGGUUGGUCACAUACAGGUUUCUAAUUUGUUAUUUGUAGAUGAUACACUGAUUUUAUGCGACGCCGAUGAUGAGCAAUUUAGGAACUUCAUCGAUUGUUUCUAUGUUUUGAAGUGGUGUUGGGAUUGAAGAUAAAUCUGGGGAAAUCUGAGGCCAUUCAAAUGGGAGGGGUUGCUAAUGUGGAGAAGUUGGCCGCUAUAUUGGGUUAUAGGGUUGCGCAACUGUUAAUGUCAUAUCUUGGGCUCCCUUUUGGGAUAAGGUUUAAAAGUAAACAUAUUUGGAAUGAAAUUAUGGAAAUGAUGGAGAGGAGAUUAGCGGGGUGGAAGCAUAUGUACCUUUUGAAGGAAGGCUGCUUUACUCUCAUUAAAUCCACCCUCUUUAAUCUCCCUACUUAUUUUUUGUUAUUGUUUUUUAUUCCUGUUGCAAUGGCAAAUAGAGUAGAGAUGAUUCAAAAGAUGUUUCUUUGGAUAGGAUUGGGAAAAAGAGGAAUUUUCAUUUAGUUAAUUGGGAUAUUAUUUAUUAUCCUAUAAGGAAGGGGAGCUUAGAUUGAAAAGCCUUAUUUUGUUUAAUAAGGCUUCAUUAGGCAAGUGGUUGUAUUGAUUUAGAAUGGUGGGGGAGAAUUUUUGAAGAGAAAUUAUAGGAGCAAAGUAUGGUGUGAUGAAGUGGGGUUGGUGCUCAAUCGAAGGUUGUGGAUCUUAUGAGGCGAUUUUGUGAAAGUAUAUACAAUGAGGAUGGAGUGACUUUCGAGAUUAAUUAAGUUAUGUAGUGGAAAAUGGUAAUAAAUCAUAUUUUGGGAUGAUUGUUGGUGUGAAAAUUAACCGCUAAAGAUGAUAUUUUCUUUUUUGCAUCAAAUUGCUUUGGAGCCUUCUGCUAUGGUAAAUGAUGUAUUAAGCAUACACAAUGGAAGUUAUAACACUAUUUUUUAGAGGGGUUUAUAGGAUUGGAAAUUAGAUGAUUAUACGCUGUUUUUGCCCUCCUUGCACGAGGCGCACAUCCGAGGUAGUAGAAGGUUGUAGCAGGUAAAAGUUGGCACAAGAUGUUAUUUUUUCAGUUCGCACUUAUUUUAUAUCCAUGUUGGAACGUUUAAAGAGUUCAUUUUCCUAGAAGAUGGAGCGAAAAUGUAAAUUGCCUUCUUGGGUGACAUUUUUAUUGUGGAUAGUUGUGAGGAGGCAAGCAUUAAUGAUGAAUAAUCUUUGAAGAAAAUGUUUUUUAUAUUACCAAGUGGUGUAUAUGUGUAAGAGGAAUAGAUAGACAGUUGACCAUUAAUUUAAUCAUUGUGAUGUCAUUCAUUAUGAUGAUGUUCGUUGACUGUGGAACAGUAUUCUGACUUCUCAACGUAUAGAUUGGGUGUUGCCUAGGCAUAUAAAAGACAUGUUGCGAGCAUGAAGGAGAAAACUUCGUGAUAAAAACAUUAAGUUUGUAUGGGAUCUUAUUAUAGAAUACAUUGUAUAGUGUGUGUGUGUGCAGGUAGAAGGAACAGUUGUUGUUUUGAAGACCAAAUACAGACAACAGAGCGAAAAAAUAAAAUUAUUUUAUUUAA